AUGUUGCGCGGUCUGGGUAGUUGGUUGGGGCUGGAGCGAGCCGGCGAGGAGAAGCUGCUGUCAGCCGAGGAGAGGAGCAGCUCCGCGGAGGAGGAAGAGGCGGCGGCGGCAGGCGCGGAGCCGGCGGUGCAGAGCUCGGAGCAGGUGGAGCUGCAGGUGGACUCGGAGGCUCUCCUCAGCCAGGCCAAGGGACUCGGCAGUUACCUCUUCAAUUUUGCCACUGCUGCUACAAAAAAGAUCUCUGAAUCUGUUGCUGAGACUGCACAGACAAUAAAGAAGUCUGUAGAGGAAGGGAAAAUCGACAGCAUCAUUGAUAAGACAAUUAUUGGAGAUUUUCAGAAGGAACAGAAAAAAUUUGUCCAAGAGCAGCAAACCAAAAGAUCAGAAGCAGCAGUGCCUCCCUGGGUAGACAGCAACGAAGAAGAGACAAUUCAGCAACAAAUCUUGGCCUUAUCAGCAGACAAGAGGAAUUUCCUGCGGGAUCCCCCAGCAGGGGUGCAGUUCAAUUUUGACUUUGAUCAGAUGUACCCUGUGGCCAUGGUGAUGCUACAAGAAGAUGAACUUCUCAAUAGGAUGAGAUUUGAUCUAGUUCCCAAACAUGUAAAGGAGGAAGUGUUCUGGAGAAAUUAUUUCUACAGGGUGUCCCUAAUUAAACAGUCAGCACAGCUCACUGCAUUGGCAGCUCAGCAGCAGGCAGCAGGCAAAGAAGAGAACAAAGGCAGAGAAGAGGACAACCAGCUGAAAGAGGCAGUACGACCCAAAACCCCUCCUGUUACCAUAAAGCCUCCAAUCAAACCUCAGGAGGAUGAAGAAGAGAUUUCCACAAGUCCAGGUGUAUCAGAAUUUGUGAGUGAUGCUUUUGAUGCCUGCAAUCUGAAUCAGGAAGACCUGAGAAAAGAAAUGGAACAACUGGUGCUAGACAAGAAGAAGGAAGAGACUUCAGCAAUAGAAGAAGAACCUGCAGAUUGGGAAAAGGAGCUGCAGCAAGAGCUUCAGGAGUAUGAGGUUGUGACAGAAUCAGAGAAGCGUGAUGACAACUGGGAUAAGGAAAUAGAAGAAAUGCUGCAAGAGGACAGUUAAAGCAUUUCCACACCACCACUCUAACCCUGAGCAUGUCCCAAGGACUGAGGUGGAACUCUGCCUUCACAUUUUGCUGACAAAAGACAUCCAAGAAUCCCAAACUGUUAUAAUUCCAUAUGGGAAUGCAACCAAUACUUCUGUUCUUUCUGUGAGCAGUUCCUGAACUUCCACAUUCUUCAGAAGAAAAGCAGGAGGAGACAGGCCUGGCUAUGUCUUAAUGAAAUGGUAACACUCCUACAGGAAGUUGACUUGGGAGCAUUUCUAGGUGGUCAAGAAGCUCUGCCAAGAGAUUUAGAAAUCUGAGAAUCUGAUAUGUUUUUUUCUGUCUCUUGCCUUCUGUUUGGGAUGUAAAAGUGGAUGUUGUAUUUUAGUCUUUGCAGGUAACUCCUCACGUUUGCACUCUGAGCGCUGUUAUCAUCUGUAAAUGUGUCCCAUUUUGUAUUUAACUUCUCUAAUGGAUGUAGCCCUAGAACUUGGAAUAACUUCCAAUGAUUUGUUAACAAAAAUGCUAAUGCAGACUGCAAAACAAGUAGUGAUUAAUUAGCAGCUCUAAUGAAGUGGCAAACAUUUAAGCAUUUAAAUAAGAGCAGAGUCAUUAACAGCUUGAAUUCAGCUGUUGGGUUUUGUUCAAUCAUCACCUUCAGCUGUUACCUUUCCCCCUGGAUCCCUUGCAUUCUUUGUCAGGAGGCUGUUAUGUUUCCAUUUAAUUUUGCUGCCUGAGAGCAAAUUAAAUGUUUCAUGUUCUUUUAUAUUUAUGGAAAAACUUUGGCUGCUUUCAGCAUCUUCA